AUGGCUACGCUACCUCAAACGAAUAAAUUAACGCCUAGCCAGCUAUCAACCAUCUCACCGAAAAUUCGAGAUUGGUGCUCGUGCCACGGCUUGUUAAUGAAAUCCAAGCGAAAUGAUCCUCAUGAUUAUUCAUUUCAUCAUUUGCCAGUGACAUUGUUACCUACUCCAAUUCCAAAGAUAUUAUUUGAUCAAGCUAUGCAAGUUCAGAUGGAUUUCAAUACAGUUUUCGAUAUCAUCACAAGAAAGACAAGUUUCUUAUCUGAAAAUUUGAAGCGAUCGUUACAGGACGAUGAAUACGCUUCAAAAUUAAUGUAUGUCUACAAUCAAGUCCUGAAAGAAGGAAUUGCUCAACCAAUCAAUUUUAUGCUCACCCGAUCAGACUACAUGCUGGAUCAAAGCAACAGUAAUAACCAGUUAAGCUUAAAACAAGUUGAAUUUAAUACUGUUUCCGUUGGUUUCAUUGGAAGUUCUUCUGUCGUACCGUCACUCCAUCGAUACGUUAUACGGGAAUUGGGUUUGACUGACGAUUACAAUUUAGAACGGAUUGCUACUAAUAACUGUUUAGAGCCAUUUGCUAAGGGAGUGCAUCUAGCUUGGAAAAUGUAUGAAAAUGAUAAGGCUAUUAUUUUGUUUGUGGUUCUACCUGAUGAAAAUAAUAUUUGUGAUCAACGGCUGUUUGAAUAUGCAAUCAUGAAAUUAGAUCCUUCAAUUAAUGUUGUUCGUUGUACAAUGGCUGAUAUUGAAGAAAACGCUACAUUAGGAGAUGAUAAGACCUUAUACUACAAGAAACAAGAAGUUGCAUUGGUCUACUACCGUUCCGCUUACGCACCAUAUUGCUACCCUAGCCAAAAGGAAUGGGACGCUCUAUUGUUAGCCGAGAGAUCACGUAGUAUCAAAGUUCCAAAUAUUGCAAGUCAUUUAGCCGGAGUUAAAAAGAUACAGCAAGUACUAUCUACACCAGGUGUUUUAGAAUCAUUGUUACCAGAUAAGAGUUCCGUAGAAAGGAUAAGAGCGACGUUUACCGGCUUAUACUCACUAGAGGGUGACCAAGGUAAAGAGUCAAUAGCCAUGGCCAUUAAAAAUCCGGAAAAUUUUGUUUUAAAACCCCCACGUGAGGGUGGAGGGAAUAACCUGUUCGGGGAAGAAAUACGGACUUUUCUAAGUUCAUCAUCAAAUGACGAUGAAAAGUCAGCUUACAUUCUCAUGGAUAGAAUAUUUCCUCCAGCAGUUGAUAAUUGUAUCAUCACUACAAAUAAUUCAAUUCAGGGUACUGAAAAAGUUAUCAGUGAAUUAGGAAUAUAUGGAGUUCUCAUCAGCCGUGGACCGAAUGAAGUAAUUAGUAAUUGUGCUUGUGGAUAUCUAUUACGAACUAAAAGUAUUAGCCAAAAUGAAGGUGGAGUGGGAAUUGGAGCGGCAGGGUUAGAUUCAGUGUAUUUAGUUUGA